UAGCAGACGACUUCACUGUUAAAACUUAAAAGUGACCAAGUUCGAGAUUAAUAAGCAAAUUAGUCUGGUUUUUGUGUGUGUCACAAGUAGUUGUGUUCUACAAUUCAAAAUAAGUAAAAAUACUUUAUUUGGGGAAAGUAGUUUUUCAGGUACACCAUGACCCAGGUCUGAGAAAAGAUCUGGUUUGGUCUUUCUUAAGUUGAAUGUUUUCGACUGCUGGGGACCACUGUGUGUUUCGUCAUUCUUCAGUAAAGUUGUUACAAAAGUAGUGUCGAUUUUCCAACUGGAAAUUGCCGAUUUAAAAAACCGAUUAGAGUUGAAGGGAUCUGUUAGCUGCAAAUAGGACAAGGUCAUUACCGCUUAGCUGUGAAGAAGCAUCUUUAUUGGAAGGCUGUUUGAAGCACAACAGAGGACAACAUGGGUUUCCUGGCAGAAAUUUUCAAGUCUUAUGGUCUGUUUUGUGCUCAACACCCAUGGCAAGUGAUUUUCCUGGUCUUGACAUCUACAGUAGCCAUCAUCAGCAGCCAGGGGAUGCACACCCUGAAUCGCGCGCGUGACUCGCUAGGUUCACCACAACCCCUAGACAUAGUUCUAAUGACGACAGUUCGAGCUGUUGCUGUGUUGUACAGCUACCACAGAUUGCGUUCUUUACAUCGAUCCCAUUCUAGAUUUGUCUUAAGCUUGGCAGGAUUGUUUACCGUCUUCUCCAGCUUUGUUUUCACCUGCAGUGUCGUCAAUGUUAUGCAAAGCGACCUUUCUGAUCUGAAGGACGCACUGUUCUUUUUCCUCCUUUUGAUUGACGUGGUCAAGGCCUGCACUCUUGCUUACUGGUCUCUGAGUUGCUCGGUUAAAAAUGCAGCCGAAGUGGCAUUGUGCAUCUCUCAAGGCAUGGCUGUCCUCGGCCCUGCCAUUACUCUUGACACCUUGGUUGAAACUCUUGUCAUAGGUGUCGGAACGUUGUCAGGGGUUCGCAGGCUAGAAGUAUUGUGCGGCUACGGAUGCAUGUCAGCCGUCGUCAACUAUGUAGUGUUCAUGACAUUCUAUCCAGCCUGUUUGGCCCUGGUGUUAGAGCUUUCAAAUAAACCAGAGGUGAUUGACAGUGAAAACACUGUUGUAGAUUCUUGCAAGGUCGACCAGUCUACCGCUUUCCAAUGGCAGCACCGUGUUAAACUUCUCAAACAAAUGAUGGCAAUGGAACAACCCAAUCCUUUAGUUCAGAGAGUCAAACUUAUCAUGGCUGCUGGUUUGAUGGUAGUUCACGCUCACAGUCAAUGGGUAUUUUUACAAGAUGGAAAAGUUUUGAGCCCUGAAAAGCCAGGGGCAACCUUCGGCUCAGCGUCUAUUGUCGACGUGGCUGCGGAAGAUUCAGUACUCCGGUGGCUUUCCGACCAACGGGCUGAUCAGCUUGUCCUGUUAAUUCUCAUUGCAGCUUUAACAAUCAAGUUUACCUUCUUCGACGAUCGUAAUCAAACUCCUCAGUCUUUAGAGAAAUCUCUCCCAGCUUAUAUUCUAGAAGAGCCAUCCUCAGCUGCCGCUAUGGAAAAAGUCGAAAGUCGCCGAAACCGCUGUGUAUCAUUUGUGAUAUCUGAUAACGAAGAAUCGUCAUUCGAUGUCGAAGACAAAGAGGUUCAGACGGAACCGUGCGAUGAAAUGGAAGAAGACGAACAAGAUAAUUUGUACGUCAAACCCGUCACUCGUACUCUGGAAGAGAGUCACGAAGCUUUGAAGAUUUCUGGCAGUGCAGUAUCCGAUCAAGAAGUAUUGAAUCUUAUCAAUGCCCGCAAGAUUGAAUUAAGGCAGCUGGAGAAGGUGUUGGGUGACGCAGAGCGCGGCGUCCGCAUUCGCAGACGAGUACUCUCUACCAUGGGUGGAACUCGCCUAGAAGAUGCCGUAGUGCGUUUACCCUACAAGAAUUACGAUUACUCAAAAGUGUUUGGCGUUUGCUGCGAGAACGUCAUCGGCUAUGUACCUCUACCCGUCGGUUUCGCUGGCCCGCUAAUAGUGGACGGAGAAUCCUAUUUUAUUCCAAUGGCCACGACCGAAGGCUGCCUGGUAGCAUCAACAAACCGUGGAUGCAGUGCCCUUGCACCUAAUGGUGGUGUAAGAACACAGCUAAUCGCGGAUGGCAUGAGCCGAGGACCAGUUUUCCGAUUACCCGAUAUUCGUAGAGCUGGAGAUGUGAUGGCAUGGCUCCAAGAGCCGUCCAACAUUGAUCUACUGAAGAAGAGUUUCAACGCAACUAGCCGAUUCGGCCGUUUGCAAAAAAUUCGAUGCCAAAUCGCUGGUCGUCAUGUAUUCAUCCGCUUUGUAGCCAAGACGGGAGACGCUAUGGGGAUGAAUAUGGUAUCUAAAGGAACUGAAGCAGCCAUAAAAGUGAUACAAAGUCAUUUUUCCGACUUGGCAGUGGUGAGCUUAAGUGGUAACUUUUGCACGGAUAAAAAGCCCGCAGCGGUUAAUUGGCUUGACGGUCGUGGAAAAUCAGUAGUCAGCGAGGCCAUUAUUCCCGCGGCUAUCGUACGCGAUAAGCUCAAAACCAACGUUGCUUCGCUAGUGGACUUAAAUAUCACUAAGAAUCUGAUUGGAUCCUCCAUCGCCGGCUCUAUUGGCGGAUUCAACGCUCACGCGGCCAAUAUCGUAUCUGCCAUUUUCAUUGCCACUGGACAGGAUCCUGCUCAAGUGGUGUCUAGUAGUAAUUGCAUGACAUUAAUGGAACCAUGGGGUCCGGAAAUGCAAGAUUUAUAUAUCUCAUGCACUAUGCCUUCGCUGGAAGUCGGAACUAUCGGAGGCGGGACCUGGUUGCCGGCUCAGGGCGCCUGUCUUGAUAUGCUUGGUUUGCGAGGAUCGAAUGCGGAGGAGCCAGGAGCCAACGCCUGCCGACUAGCACGUAUCAUCUGUGCCGCCGUUUUGGCCGGCGAACUCUCUCUGAUGUCUUCUCUGGCGACAGGCACGCUUGUCCAGUCUCACAUGACGCACAAUCGAUCGUAUGCCAACAUAACAACACCAUGUUUAUCUUCGUAGUCUUAUUUCAUCAUGCUUGGUUUUUCGAGCAGUUGUGGGUUAAAAAAAAAAGAUAAUUUUAUCUUCCAUAGGAAUUGAUCAAUUGACGUGCUCUAUGUAAACAUUUAAAAUGGACGAACAAGAAUGGAUUUGUGUCCGCUGUCUUGACACCGUUGUAGUUUGACAACAGUCUGAGCUAUGCUGUAUACUGAUGGAUGAUCUUAUGUUAUUAUUAUAAAGUAGUUCGAAGUUAUAUAUAAAAUAGUGUUCGCGUCA